AUGCUGAGCCAACGCGGAAGAAACAGAUUGCGGGAGGAAGAGCUUCGACAAAAAGUGCCAUACUACUCGGAAAAGUUAAACGAACCAAGACGUCACAAUCCUACCCAAUGUCGUUCAACAGAUCAAGGUUUUCUUCGAGAUUUCCUCAAAGGAAGAGGUGGUAUCCGCGGUGCAGAUCGGUUAAAUAUAGAUGAACGGCCAACAGGACUACACUACAUACAAUCUGCAGAACUCAGAAGACAAAUCAAAGAUCCGGGGCGGUACGAAAUUACUGAAACUGAUAAACCGAAAAGAGGAACUCGCAGUAAAGCUGACCAUAUCACGAAAGAGGCUGAUGUUUGGAUUGGUGACCAGGUCGGAGUCAGCAAAAAUGACGAAUACAAGAACCAUCCUCGUGGAGCCUCUCGAACGACCUCUUCGGAAAAAGCUCCGUUCUACAGCCGGCGCAGAGAGGCUCUGGAAAGAGCCCAAGCCUCGACUUACGACCCUUACGUAACCGAAUAUAUGGCAAACUUUGCCGGUUCGAGAGCUGCUGCAGCAGCAGCCGCUGUGGCGGCAGUCGCUGCAGGAAAAAGUGGCGAUACUGCUGCAGUAAGCAGACGUGAGCAGCAACGACAAAAUGCAGCUGCUAAGCAGGAGAAAAACAAUCGUAGGGCAAAGGAGAAAUAUCAGUCGGAAGUGGUUCAUACCAAACAUACAGCAUCAAAACCAAGUCAACAUGAUAGAGAAAAAGAACGUGAGAGAGACAAAAGAAAAAAAGAAAGAGGUAGAGAAAGAGAGAGAGGACGUGAGAGGGACAGAGACCGAGAUACUAGAGAACGACACUCCAGAGAAAAGGAUCAUCAUUCUCAUCAUGACCAAAAACACAGCCGUGCAUCUCGUUACCAUGACAACCACCAACUGGAGCAGUUGGAGCAGCUGGAAAGGCGCGAAAGAGCAUACGCCGCCAGUGUCAAGGAGCAGCAAAAUAAAGAAUAUUCGAAUAAAACUAAAGUUAAGCCUAAAUGCAGCAAUGAAUCCGCGACUAUUUCUUCAUUGAUUGAUGAAGAACUGGAAUAUUAUGAAGAAGGCGAAGGUGUCAGAGGUUCGAGACCUUUAUAUUCGGCCCUAGAGAGCUCGCCGCCCGGUGGUUCGGGCGAGCGUUCUGCGGCCAAAAUUGAUUUGAUGUCGCGUUAUGCCUCACGCGAGCGACACCAAACCGGGUACCGCUCGUCUAGGGAUCGAGCAGGACGUACCAGCAAAGGCAACAAUAACUCUCAAGGCGGACCUGGCAACUCGAGUGGAAUAGGAGGAGGAACUUCUAAUCGUCGUCCGAGAAAUAGCAGCAAUGCAAACGGCCCAGCCGUAAGCGACGGCGGUACAGGAGGCGCUAAUGAUAUAUGGACCCUGUUUACGAGGAAAAGAACAAACACUGCUAAUAGCAACAGGAGCAGACAAAGGCGCAAACCUCAUGAACGAAGACGCGAUCAUGACGAUCUUCUCAGACAAGUUCCAUACUACGAUCAGCAAGAAACAGCAGAAGUGAAAUGGCGUCGGGCACCACCAUCGGUAAAAAAUCAACACCAAUCCAAACGCAAACAUGGAGGUGGUAGUUCCAGUGGAGCAGGUGGAAGCCACAAGAGAAAAGGACCCAUCAUGAUGUUCAAUCGCAAAAGCAGCGGUCGCCCCAGCCGCCACCCAAUGCCUCAAAUGGACAGUUCGUUCUUCAACCGCCUUUUUCUACCUCAUCUAACAGGAUCAGGAGGUUCGGGGAAUUCCGCAUUUCGCAACGGAUCUGCUAGCAAUUACCGCAGGCGACUUGCCAUACUGCCGCAGCAGCAACGACAGGGACUGCCUACUACAAUAACAGUGGCCUACCAGACAGGAACCAAAAUCAAAAGUAAAAAUGAGAUUUUGGAUAUGCCCGAGAGUGAGACUACACGGGUUGAGGAUGAAAUGACAACUCAGGCAGCCGACGAGGAUGAGGAUGAUAAUACGACGGGUUUAGCAUUGACCACAGCGACCAGUUCCAGAGGUAGUUUGGGAAGUCGAUCAGUCAGAUCACAUACAACAUCCGGGCGUUCCGGCCGAGAUAGGAUAAGAAGCCAAGAAGAUCAUGAUUUUAGCGAUACUGCCAAAUCAGAUAAUACUGCCAAAAGUGAUAAAAACGCGAGCGAUUUUAGUGAUGAUCAAGAUUACAAACGCAUAGAUGGCAAGAAACGCUCCUCUUCCCAGAGGCAACAGGAUCGUCGAAGUAGUGGACGAUUGAAAAGUACAAGCGUAGUCCAGAAAAAACAAAGCAUAAAAACGGAAUCAAAGACUUCGAGAAGGAUCUCGAAAAAUGUUGUUCCGGACAAAAAAUCCUUUUCGGAUACGAGAAUUCAAGAAAAGGUACCGUCUAAGUGCACGUGUUCCAAAUUGGCAAAAUGGUUUGACCCAUAUCUAACAGAGUACAUGGCAAAUUUUUCAGCUGUCAAGCGUCCACUCGAUCAAGAGAAAGCGUGUGCUUUUUGUGUUGCCAAACUAAAAGCCAAAAAGUCGAGAAGUGCUGACAUUGUUGCAUCGACACACAAGAUCAAAGAUAAAACAAAGCGUGCAGAAUCAUCACCAUCACAACGUCUUAGAGCUUCUGGCAGUAAUCCCAAUAGAGGCAAAUGCGUUCCUCCUCGAGAUUUUAGUGAGACAGUUCUUAUAACUUCUCCUACACAAUCCAGUACGGAAUCGAGCGUUCAGGAAAAAUAUCCGUAUGUAUCGUCCGAGGAACUCAUGGCUGUUGUUCCAUCCCAGGUCAAUCCAUUGUCGGAUGAUCAGCAGGUUUAUAAAAGCAGUAGUGGAAGGGACAGGCGCAAAGCCGAGAAGAGGAUGAGCAAUGUGGGAGCUGCUAACGAAAGCCGUUGCGGUGGCGGUCGCGAUAUCAGAGUUUGUGCUCCAUCAUCAUCUUGUUGUUCCGAUCCAUGUUGCGAUGACCCCUGCUGCAAAAAGAAGGAUCCAUGCCCAAAGCCGUGCCCCAAACCCAAACCGUGCUGCAAAAAACCACCUCCGCCUUGCUCCGACGAAGAAUCCUGCUGCGAACCAGAAUGCAAUCCGUGCCCUUCACAACAGAUCGACCCUUUACAGAGAGUUUGGGCCCAAGAAUUAGCAAGGCGCAAAGAAGCAGAACGUCAACGUAAGCAAUGUCGCAAAAUGAUGGAACUUCAAAGAAAGGAGUGCAAGGAACGGGAGCAGGCUAGGAAAGAGUUGGAGCGUAGGCAAAGAAACGCCCAAAGAUGGAAAAGAGAGAACGAGCGUCGCAGAGCAGAAGAUUGUCGCAAGAGGAGAGAUAGUGAAUCGUUAGCAUCCAAGUACUGUGUUGUAAAAAAACAAUCACAACAACGAUUUAGAAAAUUGACUGAGAGCUCAUUUUCAUUGUUUGAUUGUUACUAA